AUGGUUGUUAUCACAGAGGAUAAGGCUAAAGCGGCUAUCACACAGGAAGCUGUGGCUAAGCAGGAGAAGGAGGCGUCAGCGCAGGCAGCGGUCGCUCAAGAGAUCAAGGAUGAUGCUCAGAAGGAUCUGGACGAGGCCCUGCCGGCCUUGGAAGUGGCUGUGCAGUGCUUGAAGAGUCUCAAGCUCAGUCACAUUCAGGAGGUGAAAGCACUGGCUAAUCCACCGGGCGGAGUUAAACUCACUUUGGAAGCGAUAUGUAUUAUGUUCGAGGUCAAGCCGACUAUGAAGAAUGACCCUGAGCGGCCUGGGAAGAAGAUCACUGAUUACUGGGAGAGCGCGAAGAGCCAAGUAUUGAGUGAUCCUAAGGGGCUUUUGGAGAAAUUGUUUGCUUUUGAUAAGGAUAACAUCCCCGAGAAGGUUAUUACUAACAUCGAGCCGUAUAUAGGGAGAGAGGACUUCGAUCCGGCUGUGAUUAAGAAGGCGUCUGUGGCUUGCGAG